AUGACGACCUUAUCUCCGACUCGGGUUCGCGGCAAAGUAUCGGACGAGUGGCCAUCGAGACCAAUGGACAAUCGGAGGAAAUCCUCGCCGCACACAGCCACCGUUUCCGGAAACAAUUGGCCCAGAGAGGUGCACCCUAACCAGUCGCGAUACACAAAACCGAACGUAUAUCAGCAGGAUUGUCCCGGAGAACCCCACAGCAAAUUUCCGGAAGCGAAGACUUCCGAGGAAACUGUCGUCGAAGAAGAAGAGGGCAAUAGGAACACCGUAUCAUUACAUAAUUAUCCGGAUGAAACGAUUUACGUGAACGUGGUUCCGAAACAUAACAACCCUGCUAUUCGCGAGAAGGUUCAGCGAUCGAAUGGCCACUCAGAGUUCGAUAUGCCCGAGGCAGUAAUAGCGAUGCAAAAGUUGCAAAAAUUAAAGGAACUGCAAAUGAAACGAGACAUAAGCGAGAGAUACUACUCGCAGGAGAUUAAACGAUUAAUAGGAGAAUAUUAUCUCGGGGCUAAAAUAGGUACAUCGCCGUUGAGGACGGCCGGAAAAUUACAGAGUACCAGCUUUCAACCUUAUUCCGAAAAUCGUUCUAAAAACAAUUUAGAGCCAUGCGGCACAAUGACCACGAUCACACGAUUGAACUGCGGAUGCGUACAAGAGACGACAAGGCCAAUUUUCACGACACCGAGAGGACGCGUUCAGAGGAAAAAUUGCAGUCAAUCUCAGGACGAGGUACUAUUGAAGUUAACCUCGGCGAAUCCUCAGGAGCGUUUCUUUUCGUCCCUAGAAGAAUCGCACAAGGACAGGUACCGUGUGAAACCGAAGAAACGAAUGGACCCUCGUAUUUACAUGAAAGUACCGCUCGUCGGUGACCAAGAAUUCGAAGCAGAACACGAGAAGAGAAACGAGCCGGAAGAACCGGAAACGAUCGAUCGUAUGUCGAGGCCCGCCUCUCCGCGCCGGAAAUUCAGCGACACCUCAGCAACCUCCGCUUAA